AGGCAGGGAUUCUGAACCGUGACGCUGAAUUUAGUGUGUGUGUGUGUGUGUGUGUGUGUGUGUGUGUGUACACCUGCGUGGGCUCAUGCACGAACAGCACAGCUUCCUAGCUUUACCUGUUCAGACACUCUGUUGGAGACGAAAAAAAAGCAGCUGUCAACUCUGGUUUUACCUGACGAGACGGGACACAAUCUGAGCAGGAGGAAAUGCUAUGAAACAGCGCGGGCCUCGGUGCUGAACUGGUUCUCUCUGCACCGUACUGAGCCACUCAGAACGUUUUUACGCAUGGAAAGAGGUCAAGCCAGUUGAAGCCCUAACUGAGACGAGCUGAAGCUGGAAGCGGGAGGCUUGGUGGAGGGUGGACCACAGAGGCAUAUAGAGGUCUUCACAGCUCUCGCGCCUGCCUGAGUGUUGAGUAUCUAUUUGUGCAAGUAUGAAUCCAAUGUGGAAAGUUUAUAAGAGCAAAGUGCUGAAGACCAUCAACCCUGAAUAUGAGGAGGCCACUCCUGAAGAGGUCACAGAGGUGGAGAACGAUGUGAGUCCCGUGCAGGAGGAUGAGGGACCCAACGCCGUCUCCCAGCUGGCCAAGAAAAUGCAGGGGGCCGGGACUAAAAGCUGGAACAGGCUAUCGACUCUCUUCAACAAAGACGACGAACACCAGCUCCUAGAGGAGACUGAGAGCCCGCCAGUCCCCGACCAUCCACUUGCAAUAAAGCCGGAGGAGCCUCCUCGACCCGCUAAGCGUGCAGCAUUCUGGGAUAGCUUUGCAUCCAACUGGGCUGCCAAGAAGCAGGCGGAGGCUGCAGCCGCUGCCGCUGCAGCGAACGAGGCAGCAGCAGCAGCAGGUCAAGGUGAGGAAGUGGUGACGGAGGCCGGAGGGGAGGAGAACCAGGAUGGGCAGAUCCCUCAGGGAGAGGAGAGUGAAGGAGGAGGAGGAGGACGGAGCAGCAACAACAGCUUCUCCAAAUACGUCUCGCUGGGAGGAGGGAGCGAGGACACGUCCUUCAAGUGGAACUUUGUCACCAGCAAGCUGGCAGAGCUGAAGACCAAGAGCAACUAGCUGCUCACGAUGAAGGAAUCUGUGAGAAUAUAAACAAUGUGAAGAUGAAGAGGUUAGAUGUUUAGGAGUAUGGAGGAAGUUUAGGAGGAGGCUAUAUUUACACAGGAUGUAGAUCAAUUGUAGAAGUCCCUUUUUAUCUGAACUAUUUAAUAUAUGCUCCCAUAAAUGCCCUUUUACCACCACAUCACAGUGAACAAAAGUUAUAAUAAACCAGGUUUAAACCAGGCUACUUUGGGCCUCUCAGCACACAAAUAGAGAAUUUUUUUUAAAUAUUCAUUGUAUUACAUUUUCAAGAGCAAAGAGGGAUUCAAAUAUGAAAGAAGGCAUAUUUCAAACCUGAAAAUUAAAUCUCCCAUGUCCCACAAAGUUAGGAGUCCUGGAGACACUCUGGAAUAUACUAUUACAGAAUAACAAGAGCUAACUUCACAAAGGGGACUUCUAAAAUGUCUUGUACUGAAAGAGAGUUACCCUAAUUGAUGAAAUUCUUUAUUAUUACUUUUAUUACGGGGGUGCACGAUGCAUAUCUGCCCACAGAGCUAACAGUUAUCUCUUUACCAGCUGGAGACGCAGCAUGUAGCCGACAGUGUAACCAGCGAUCAGAGGUAAAUACAACAGAUUUAUUUGGUGUUGAACCUGGUAUACAGGCUUUUCUUUGGGGUUUAUUGGGGUUGUAUGGUGAUAUCUACUUUCCAAAGUGCUUUUUAUCUAAUCUAUAGUCUAGCAAAAACUGGAUUAAGAGAUUAAAGGCAGCGAUAGCUAGAUUAGAUGAAGAUUAUCUCACUUAACCUGAACAGAGGGCAGGGGAUUUCAGUGAAGAGAUUUGGCUGUGUGACAUAACUAUGACUUACUUUGUCUCUCCUCGGACAUCCAUCAGGAAGGGGAAAUGUGCUGCACGAUUAUAUGAAAUGUGUGAAACAUGGAUGUGUGUGUGGUGAGACAACGUCAGGUGCACUGACAUGAUGACUUUAAUUUUCCGAUUGCGACUGAGACUGUGCAACGUGUGAGUUUUUAACAUACCUAAUUUUGUGACAUGAAAGAAACGAGACUUUAAUUAUUAUUUUAUCUCAGAUUUCGGUUUUUGUCUUGUUGUAUGUUUUGUUCUGUUGUU